AAAACAACUCAGUUCAGUCGCUGAGAAGGAUCUUUUCCCGCUAAAACGAACUCUAUAAGUUACUAUGGACCCCCAGCAAAGUGCCCAGGAUGCUAUAAGAUGUGACCUAUGUGAGACAGCUAUAGUAAAGGUGUACUGUGAUUUCUGUCAUGUCAACCUCUGUAAACCCUGUGUUGGAGAACACAUUGCUGAUGAAUAUGACAAACAUAAAAUUGUCCCAUUCCAACAAAGAAAAUCCACCUUGAUUUAUCCUAAGUGUGCAACGCAUUCAACCAAAAACUGUGAAUUACAAUGCAAAGAAUGUGACAUUCCUGUUUGUGCCUUUUGCUCAGCAUUACAGCGACAUGAAGGACAUAAAUUUUUAAUCCUUGAAGAAGUUUACACCUCAAAGAAAAAUGAAAUUGCAAAAGAUACUGAGGAAUUACAAGACAUUAUCUCCCCUACAUAUGAAGAAAUUGCAAAUGAUCUAGAAACACGGAUAGCUAACUUGGAUGGAGAAUAUGAGAACCUUACAACAGCAGUGACAGAACAUGGGAAACAAUGGCACAAAGAAAUUGACAAUGCCAUCAAUGCCAUGAAAAAAGAAAUUGAUGAUUUUAAAACAAAACACCUUGACAUAUUGAAGAAACAUGCAGAAGAAAUCAAACAAUUACAAUCUCUUAUUAAAGAAACUCUACUCAACUUGAAGAAAAUUGAAGAAUCCAAUGAAGUGUCCAUGACUAUAGAAUACAGCUCCAGAAACAAAGAAUUCAGUAAACUUCCUCCUAAAAUUCAAAUAUCACUGCCAAUUUUUAAUCCAAAACCAAUAGAUAAAGAACAGCUUUAUAAGUUUAUUGGAAUUCUAUCACCAUUAUCUACAUCAACAGAUGAAAAUGGCUACAAACUGCAGACACCAGGGACAUCAACAAGAGAACUGCUGGAAGAACCCAAACUUAUCACUACUAUAGAUACUGGGUAUGACAAACUCCGCUGUGUUACCUGUUUAAGUGAGGAAGAAAUCUGGACAAGUGGACAAAUCGGUGAUAUGAAAUGCUUCAACAUUCAAGGUUCACUUAUCGAGACAAUCAAGACAAAAUCAGGGGAAUGGCCAAUGGACAUAGCAGUGACAAGUGAUGGAGAUCUAUUGUACUCUUACUGGGAAACAAGGACUGUGAAUAAGGUGAAUAAUGCACAGACAGAGGUGAUCAGACUACAGGGCUGGAGACCUUUACAUCUCUGUGUCACUUCCUCUGGUGAUCUCCUGGUUACCAUGUACAGUGAUGAUGGCGAUGUUAAUGAUGAUGAUGAUGAUGAGGAGGAGGAGGAUGAUGAUGAUGAUGAGGAGGAGGAGGAGGAGGAUGAUAAAACACAAUCCAAAGUUGUGCGUUACUCAGGGUCUACAGAGACACAAACAAUCCAGUUUGAUGAGGAGGGUAAACCUCUGUAUUCAGGAAAUACCGAAUAUAAGUUCAUCAGUGAGAACAGAAACCUGGAUAUCUGUGUGGCUGACAGUGAAGCAGGUGCUGUAGUGGUGGUCAAUCAGACUGGAAAACUCCGAUUUAGAUACACUGGUCAUCCUUCUACUACAAAGAACGAACCAUUUGAACCUUUUGGAAUCACAACAGACAGCCAGAGUCAGAUCCUGACAGCAGACUACCAUAACCACUGUAUCCACAUCCUAGACCAGGACGGACAUUUCCUCCAUUAUAUAGAUAACUGUGAUCUGAAGGAGCCAUUUGGUUUAUGUGUGGACAAAAGUGAUAAUCUGUUUGUCACUGAAUAUGAAGGAAAGAUUAAGAAAAUUAAAUAUUUUAAAUAGAUUUAGAAGCAUGUAUGUGAAUGUAAAUAGUAUAUAAAAUAUUAAAGUUCUCGUUUGUUGUGCUUUUAUAAUACAGUGUAUUUGUUAAAAUUGUAGUCUUUGAAAUCAUGAACUGCAAUUCUUCAAAAUUUAUCCAAUUUAUAUAAAGUAUAUAUGUUUAAUAUGCAGAUUGGGCCAUUUAAUAAGAAUACUUUUUUUGUUAUUAAGGCAUAUUGAUAAAAACAAACGACCUAUGGGCAACAACACUCAUCUGAGUAGCCAGAUGUCCCCCCUUGAUUUACUUAUUGUGGCCACACUGACCCCGUGGGGUCAUGAUUGAAAAAAAAAAAAUAGAAUUUUACACUUUCGCGUCCCCAGGAGGCUACCACAUAAAUUUCAGAUUUUCUGACCCAGUGGUUCUUAAGAUAUUUUUUAAUGUCCCCACCCUAUUUCUUCUUUUCUUGAUAACUGUAAAAUCACAUUUUCGUCGCGUCAAACAUUUGAGGAUUGCGAGAAAAAAAAUGGAUUUCCAAGGAUUUGAUUUCAGAAAUAAAGAAAUGUUGAGCAGUAAAUGUAAGGAAUUUUACAUUUCGUAGUGGAUAUUAAUUCAUAGGUAU